AUGCCACUCAAAAAGUCAUCGCGCAACAUGACGUCCAUAAAGUUCCAGGAUAAUCGCACUUUUGGCCUUUUCCAUACCAUCUGCAGAAUCAUAUACUUGAGCUGCGCUACCAACUUUUGGUUUGAGGAUAUGGAUUAUCCUGCAAAAUUGAUGAAAAUCUACAACGCUACAUCUCGAGUCCUUGAAGUCACAGUAGCUGUGUUUAUUAUAUCCGAUUGGGGUGCUUUUUGGACGCAGCCGAAUUUAACUGAAAAGCAGAGCAAUGAUCGAAUAUUAUUCGCGUUCUCUCAUGUCGUUAUGUAUUCGGUUUAUUCCAGCAUUGUUUAUUAUAAGCUAGAGAUCAGAGAGUUGGUGAUGACACUUGCUGUAAGAUUGAAGGUUUAUAACGAUGGAACCAUCGAGAAAAUGAUGCUUAGAACAACUUUUCGGUAUCUGACGGCGCUUGUUUUCGUGUGUAGCUCUACUUUGUUUUCUUUUGGGAUUGGAAGUGGGAUUCAGGCGCUUACAACAAACGCGACCUUCACCACGGUAAUCCCUAUAUGGCCAGACGUGGAAGACCGAAGAAUAAUCGCCGGAGCCGCUCGCAUAGUCCACUACAUCGUCUGGUGGAUUUUCGUGGUCCGGGUCAUCUCCGUCUACUUCAUAAUUCUCACCAGCACCAUUGGUAUCACGCACCAGUUCAACAAUCUGUGCAAAUAUUUUGAAAAACUGGAGAACAUUUUUAAAGGCAGCGGCAGUCAGGAGGAAAAGGAGAGGAAAUAUGAAAAUGCUUUUAAAGUUGGGAUUAAAAUGCAUUCUAUCACGCUAUGGUGCACGCGGCAGACACAGCUAGCGGGCGGAGUGGCGUUCAGCGGACAGGUCAUUAUCAACGUGUUCGUACUCGUCCUGCUCAUGAUUCAGAUGAUGUUUACAGAGCGGACGCUGAUCGCAAUGAUGCCAAUCAUCUUCACGGCGUCGUCGGUCCUGAUUGGCACUGGAGUAUUUUUAUGGAACGCCGGAGACGUCACCAUCGAGGCGUCUCGUCUGCCAGCAGCCAUGUUCCACUCGGGCUGGCACAAUAGCACGAGGCAGUCCUCGGUGCGUGUGCGCAAACUGGUCACCAUCGCCAUCGCGCAAGCACAGAAACGAGUACUGAUAAAAGGGCUCGGACUCUUGGAACUAUCAUAUGAAUCUUACGUUACGAUUGUUAAGUCAUCGUACUCUCUGUUUUCAGUAAUAUACUAGAAAUUACCUAAUACUUAGAAAAACAAUCGUUCAACUACAGGGGUUCGUUCAACUAUUGGAGCCAGUAAUUUGCAUAGUCGUACUCACCCAACUGCAA